CCGCGGGGGGGAUGCUGUCGCGGAAGAAGACGCGGGCCGAGCUCUCCAAGCCGGGCGAGGUGCAGGGCAAGUACGUCAUCAAGGAGACCAGCCCGCUGCUGCGCAACCUCAUGCCUUCUUUCAUCCGUCACGGUCCAACCAUUCCAAGGCGCACGGAUAUCUGCCUUCCGGACCCGAGCCUUUCUGUCUACCCUGCCGGUGGGGAUGGAGCCGUUUCCCGCAACCACAGCUUCCUCCGGACUCCCGUUCAGAGGCCGCCUCACGAGAUCAUGAGGCGGGAGAGCAACCGGCUCUCUGCGCCUUCCUUCCUGGCCAGGCCUGAGGUCCCGCGAGAGUACAGCCCGUCUUCCCAGCCCUUUUUGGCAGGAGCCAACUCGGUCGCGGAAAACGGAGACGCUGGGUCGCGCUACUAUUAUGACCCUUUUUAUAACGGUCAGCGGCGCCACCCGCUGGGGGAUCCCGUGCAGGAGGAAUAUCGAUACUACGAGCAGAACAACGACCUCUUCCAAAGGAUGUCGCAGAAUCAGGGAAGACACACGACAGGCAUCGGCAGGGUAGCUGCGACAUCACUAGGAAACCUGACCAACCACAGUUCAGAAGACUUGCCCCUCCCUCCCGGCUGGUCAGUGGACUGGACGCUCCGAGGACGGAAAUACUACAUUGACCACAACACCAACACGACGCACUGGAGCCACCCCCUGGAGCGCGAGGGGCUGCCCCCAGGGUGGGAGCGUGUGGAGUCGGCCGAGUUCGGAGUCUACUACGUCGACCACAUCAACAAGAGAGCGCAGUACAAACACCCUUGUGCCCCCAGCGUUCCCCGUUAUGACCAGCCGCCGCCCGUGACGUACCAGCCGCAACAGAGCGAGAGGAGCCAGCCGAUCCUUGUGCCCGCCAACCCGUACCACACGGCAGAGAUUCCAGACUGGCUGCAGGUCUACGCCCGGGCGCCCGUCAAGUACGACCACAUCCUGAAGUGGGAGCUCUUCCAGCUGGCCGACCUGGACACCUACCAGGGGAUGCUGAAGCUGCUCUUCAUGAAGGAGCUGGAGCGGAUCGUGAAGCUGUAUGAGGCGUACCGCCAGGCCCUGCUCUCGGAGCUGGAGAGCCGCAAGCAGCGGCAGCAGUGGUACGCCCAGCAGCAGCAGCAGCACAGCAAGAACUUCUGAGCUCGCUUCGGGCCGGCUGGACCUCGGAGAGACUCGGCGCAGGGGAAAAAAACGGGGGUCGAAGCCGGGCCCUUUUGGCCGAAGAGGCAACUCCCUUUUGCUCUGGCACCUUUUUUGUAAUUUAUCUUCUUUGUGUAUCAUGUUUAUUGAACGCAAAAAGGGUUUCUUACGUUGUAUAACAAAAGUUAGUUUCUUAUUCCAAGCGGAAGUGCAGAAGGGGGGGGGGGGGGAACCCACUUUCUUUUUUUUUAAUGGCAUCUUUUGAGCAACACGGAAUAUAUUUUUCAUAAUACGCAGCGUUGUAAGCAAUGUCCCGAACGGAGAAGUUGCUAUUUUAGGAACUCCCGGCUCUGUGCGGGGGGGGCAGUUCUCUUUCCGCUCCUCCGUUUCAAGGGCUGAGAGACCGCUCUUGUGUUCUAGAGAAACCACAGUAUUUACAACUUUUUUUGUAAAAAAAAAAACACGGAAGAGAGUUUUCCGCUGCACCUAACCCCUUCACUGGUGCCUGCCCUUUUUUUUUUGGUGGCGGUACGCCGCUCAUCCGUGGAGCGCGGUCAGAGAGCCGAUGCCACGGAGACGAGUUGCCUUCAUGUGUUUUGCUGCCGGUCCCAAGACGCGUUGGGGCACGUUGGAGGACUAAACUCACAGACCCGUGGGGGAGGGGCGAUGGGAAAAGGUCUUCCGACAGAAUCAGGGACGACGCAGCAAAGAACUUUUUUUCUUUUUUUUUGCAAAAAGCAUCCUACAAGCACAAUGGCCUUUGAGGCUCAGGAUACCUUGUCAAGCGAAUAAAUGAAAACUAGCGGAUCUUGUUUAGCGGUCGCCGUCGUCUAGAAUGUAGCACCCCUUCCCCGUCGGUCUCAGCAAGUGAAUAAACUUUACGUUUGUUUAAA